AUGAAUACACAAUGGAUACACGAUGUUUUGCAUUAUGACCCUCACUUAUCUGCAGUUUCAUUUUUACUGAAUUCCAUUUAUUUGAUAGUUCUGGUUCAGAAAUCAAUGAGAACAUCUUCCACAAAUAUUAUAUUGUUAGCAAUUGCGAUUUCUAAUUUGGCAUACAUGACUUACCCUAUAAUAGAUGCGCUAAAAGAUAUUUACAAUUCUAUGAAACCAUGCAUACUUCCGGAUUCAUACGCCUACGUAAUAUUCUCCUGGAUUUCUUAUACCGUUCAAGAUGACGUCCGGCGAUGUGAAGCAUUUUUAUUUCUUGCAAUGGCCUCCAUAAGAACAUUUGUGCUCAAAUACCCUAUGAAAAACUCGGCAACUACAAAACUAGUAUUUUUGAACACAAUAGUGUAUGUGACUUCCGCGCUUCCCUCUGGAAUUUUCUAUGUCCUCCACUCAUACGAUAUUGCUUGGCUUGUGGAGGUAAACUUUGCGGAUUUUGUAUUCGCGUUGGGAUUCCUAACAUCCCUCAUGACAUUAACACAUUUUCCAAUUUGUUUGGCAAUGUCUACACAGUAUCGGAGUACGGUAUUGGAAUUGUUGAGAUUGAAGAAUAAUUCUGGAACUACGCAGAUCAUCCAUGCAUUUGAAUCUUCCAGCAUACUCCCUGAUUCGUACGCCUACGUUUUCUUCGAUUGGAUUUUCUUUUCCCUUCAAGAUGAUGUCAGACGAUGUGACCCUUUUUUAGGUCUAGCAAUGGCUUCCAUUAGAACAUUUGUGCUCAAGUUUCCGAUGAGAUCUCGUACCGCUACAAGUGUCUCUUUUGGUUGGAAAAAUUGUCUUAUUGCAUUCCUUUUUAGUUCCAUUAUCUCAUUCGCACGUUUCCUCGGAACAGAUAUAGCUUAUGUUGGUAACAUUGAAUGGGAAUGUUACGAGGAAUCGAAUCCAAAUAAAACAUCUUUUGAUUUGUACAUUAUGGUACCGUCAACACUAUUCGAGUGGAAUGGAUUCUUGUAUUCCAAGAUUUAUAUGGUAAUGAAUGCGGUUUUCAGUAAGAAACUCUGCAACCACUAA